UGAAUUUCUCUCUCUCUCUUGGUACAAGCUAGCUAGAAUCGAGCUUGCUACUCCUCGAUCUCUCUUCUUCUUCUUCGUCUUCUUCUUGGAGUGGUGGUGGACAGCAGAAGCACCGAUCGGUGUCGAUCUCGUCGAGCUGCAAGAAUUCGAGGGGUAGCAGCAGCAGCUAGGAGCUAGCUAGGCGGCCAUGAAUUCGCUGAGCAUGGUGGAGGCGAGGCUGCCGCCGGGGUUCAGGUUCCACCCGCGGGACGACGAGCUCGUGCUCGACUACCUGGCCAGCAAGCUCGACGGCGGCGGCGGCGGCGCGGCGGUGGCCACCGUCUACGGCUGCCCGGCCAUGGUCGACGUCGAUCUCAACAAGUGCGAGCCCUGGGACCUUCCUGAGAUUGCUUGUAUUGGGGGCAAGGAGUGGUACUUCUAUAGCCUUAGGGAUAGGAAGUAUGCCACUGGCCAAAGAACAAAUAGAGCAACUGAAUCAGGGUACUGGAAGGCCACGGGGAAGGAUCGCCCAAUAAGCCGGAAGGGGUUGCUCGUUGGCAUGCGAAAAACCCUAGUGUUCUACAAAGGUAGAGCCCCAAAGGGGAAGAAGACUGAGUGGGUCAUGCAUGAAUUCCGCAAGGAAGAACAAGGCGAUGCGAUGAAGUUGCCUCUCAAGGAGGACUGGGUCUUGUGUAGAGUGUUCUACAAGAGUAGGGCAACCAUUGCCAAGCUGCCCACAGAUAUCUACAAUGACAACAGUGUGGCCACAACUUCACUGCCUCCUCUCAUUGACAACUACAUUGCCUUUGACCAGCCUGGUUCUUCCAUGCAAAACCUAGAGGGCUAUGAGCAAGUGCCCUGCUUCUCCAAUAAUCCCUCUCAUCCAUCGUCGUCGACGAUGAACAAUCUUCCAUUAACACCGUCGACGGCCAUGGCUGAUCAAGAGCAAAACAUGGGUAGGGCGAUCAAGGAUGUGCUGAGCCAAUUCACCAAGUUUGAAGGCAAUGUGAAGAGGGAGGCACUUCAAAGUAAUUUUUCCCAGGAUGGAUUUGAUUACUUAGCUGAGAGUGGAUUCACACAAAUGUGGAAUUCACUCAGUUGAUUUUCGAAGGAGAUUAUACAUAUAUAUUGCUGCGAAUUGAGGAGGAGACUAUUAAAGUGUGGCUAUGUGCUAUUGCAUGUAAUUGUGGUAUAGACGUAUAAUACCAUUCUAGAUUUCUAGCUCACAUUAUUUGCAAAAGAAAAUAGUGACCAGAAAAGAAUGAUUAUUAUCAAUGAUGUAAAUACAUUAUUUGUGUACUAGGGUGUGAUGGAAAAUUAGUGCAUGAUCCUAAAA